UAAAAAAGCGGUGAACACAUUACUUGUGAUCUAUUUCUCAAUACAGUAUUAACUUUUACCAAGGAGGUAUACCUCCUUGCUUUUACUUACUGGUUAGGUACACCGAUUUCGUUAAAAACAUACAACAAUGGAUUUUAACAUGGCAACUGUAAAAUUAUUUAUGGGUAUACUUGGCAUCUGUUUCACAGUUAUUGCUGGCUGUUUGAUGUAUGCCGGAGUCAUCGUGUUCAAAGACUUUCAGGAAUACGACAAAAUCAUUGAUCAGUAUUAUAUUUUGUUGCCUGGAGCAAUAAUGAUCGCUGCCAGCGUUGUUAUGUUUGUACUUGGCAUCAUUGCUUGUUAUGCAGCACGUAGAGAAAAAAAGUGUCUAUUAACAUUUUUCUUUGUAUUCCUGCUUGUAUUAGUAGUGUCUGAAUUGGUUGGUGGAUCUGUCGCUGUAGUUUACAAAGAAAAGGUGAAUGACAGAAUCGUUAGUGAUAUGAGAAGGUUUUUAAGUUAUUAUCAUCCAGAAAAUGCUACUGUUCAAUACACUAUUGACAUAAUCCAAGAAAACUUUCAGUGUUGUGGAGUUAACAGUAGUGCUGACUGGAAAAUAACCCCAUGGGGUAAGGCACACCAAGGCCAUGUACCUAAUAGUUGCUGUAAAAAGAAUGAAAACGACUGCUCAGGUUUACCUAUUGAUAUUAAACUUAAAAAAACAAACGCUGAGGGCUGCUACAGCAAAGCAGUAAAUACUUUGAAAGAAAAAUUAAAUGUGAUAAUCGGAGCAUCCAGUGGAACCUUGAUCACACAGAUCUUUGGUCUCAUCAGCUCUAAAGUGUAUCGUAACAGACUGCUGAUGUUAUCGUCCAGUGGUUAGCCCUAAUAAACGCAUCAUUUUGCGUAACCAAAUCAUGGUUGGGAAAAAUAAAUGAGUUAUCAUAUAGAUUUGAUUAUUGAGCGUAGCCGUCUGAAGCAUUUUGCAAGUUUUCUAGCCAUUAUAGUAAGGGGGUGGAUGACUUUUUAAUGAUUGAAUACUUAUGAAUAAUAAAAUAAUAAUUACAAUAAUAAGAAUACAUAAAUUUAAUUGGGCAAAGUUAAGUAAGGGUUUUUGCAAGUGGUACAGUUUUGUCAUCAUCUUUCUUUAGUUGUUAUAUUGUAUAUUCUUCAUGUAUUUUUUGCUUGUGGUCAAGUUUUAAAUUAAUUUUUUAUAUUUUUGUCCUGCCAAGAAAAACAAUUUUCAUGAGAUUAUAUUUUAAAAUCAUGAUUAAUAAAGUGAUCUUAUUUCAUAUGUCUUAUGUACUCUGGGCAGAUUCACCAGGUGAUAAAGGCAUAGGCAUACCUAAUAGAGCACUAAGAUUGAAGAACGAUCCAGGUUUUUUUGAUAAAUGAUGGAGGGACGCAAAAUAAAUUGUUUUCCCUUCUAUUUAAAAAAAAAAUGAUAAAUAGGGGCGGGUGGAAAAAGUUUUUUGGUUUUUUUUAUAGUACUCAUCAGAUGGAAUAAAAAAA